CUCUGGUCUAGACUAUACUAUUCUAGCUGAUGUGCUUACGAGUAUGAUAGCACCGUCACCAUCAGCUAUACUCUAUCAAGAUCCCCAGGCCACCACCUUCUUGAUUGAUAUUCCCGCAUCUAUCGCUCGCGCGCAGUCACUCUCCCCAUUCCAAUCAUCAGCGCUCUUGCCCUCCGCAAGACCGCCUUCUGAUCUUAAGAACGACAGGAAUCGCACACUUCUCUCAACACCACCACUGAGGGUGCCAUAUCCGGCUCGUACAGAGCCGAAAAAUGAUGCAGCCCGGGCAAGAGUUCUUGAAAGGACCGCUCUUGCGGAGAGGCUUUUGCAUUCCGAGAUCCUCGAACCCCUUGUGACGGAGGGGUUAUUCCAAAUACGCAGGACGCUCGACUCGGGGUUUCAAUGGUGUCUUCCGCGGGUUGAGAUAGACCCCAGCGCACCGGACUUACCUCCCAAUGGGGACAUGGGUGACGAAGCUCCCCUCCCGAAGAAGAGGAAGGGGACGGCCGGGCGAACACGCAGCAAUAGUCACGGGAACGUGGACGCUGCAAUGACGCAGAUCGGCUCUGCUUCUGCUACCUCCACUGCUGCGACAUGUGCUUCCCUCAAUCCCCCGUUGAUAGUGUCUCCCGGCGUGAACCGCUUCAGCUGCAUGUCAGAGCUCUCCAGCAUCGUGGUCCGCAAUACGUCGUUGGAAUCAGCCACGGUGCACGCUACCUGUGCGGUGGAUCUGGAGAGGACAGCGGACGAUACACGAUGCUGUCACAGGGGACCUCAUCACCUAUCAUCACGCCCUAUUCCUCACUCUUUCUACAUUCCGCCACUCUCAAGCUUCCUUCAAUGCAGAAUCCCGAUCUCAACGGACUCCGUGGCGAACGCAGAAACCCCCAUCCCAGGCCUCCCUCACCACCGGAAGUUCAAUCUCAUUCUGCUUGACCCACCCUGGGCCAACCGCUCAGUCCGUCGCAGCGGUCAUUACCACACUCAGACCUACCUCGACUGGGAGUUGCUCACCCAGCGCAUUCGCAAUGUCCUGUCCGUCCAUCUAUGGAGAGAUGGCCGUCGCAGGAGCGCCAUCGCAGCCAUCUGGAUCACGAACUCAGGGAAAGCCCGCAAGACGGCCUACGACGCGAUGCAAGGGGCCGGGCUGACGGUCUGCGAAGAGUGGGUGUGGGUGAAGACGACGACGGAGGGUGAGCCCAUCACGUCCGUGGGUGCGCUCUGGCGGAAGCCUUAUGAGAUCCUGGUGAUUGGGAGGAGGAGGGCAGAUCUUUCUGAUCGCAUUACGCGAAGAGUGAUUGCGGCUGUGCCGGAUGUUCAUUCGCGAAAGCCAAACUUGCGCGAGGUCUUUGAGCAGGUGUUUUUUUCUGAUCGCAGUCCUCGAGACAAGGCCGGGAUGCGGUAUACGGCCUUAGAGGUAUUUGCUCGCAAUCUCACAGCGGGAUGGUGGGCGGUUGGGGAUGAAGCUCUGAAGUUUAAUGCGGAGGAAUGGUGGGCUGAGAGUUGA